GUAUUAUAAUGUUAUUACGUUUUGCGGUUCUCGUGUCUGUUCUGUCUUAACUAUUGUAGUACGCAACGCAACCUCAUUUAAGGCUUUACUAAAGUUCUACCAUAUUACUUUCGCUCUGUCUUUUACCACUGCGCGUGGAAGUCGAAACUAGAAAUUGGGGUAGACUGAACUCUCAACACGGGUUUCCCAAUCUGUAGUCUGCCACAACACAUGAUAUUUUACACGAGACAAACAAAAUCCAAUCCGUUACAAAGCAAGACGGUUAAAGCGGCACCAAGUCAAGUCCCGGCAAAGAAAGGAGACUCUGCGGCCACAAGUCACAACAUGAAAGGGAAACGCAAAGCACAAGCACCUGAGGAAACUACCUCAUCCAAGAAAAGCAAAUUCCUCAAUGACGGUUAUUGUCUUUUCAUCGGCAACUUAAACAACUCCAAAACAUUUGACGAAGUCCGUUGUUCGUUAGAGAACUUCUUGAUGUCACAAAGUCUUCUGGUACAAAAUAUCAGAUUGGCUGCGUCCAGAACACACGCAUUUAUCGAUUUGGCAUCCGAAAUGGACGUGACUAAAGCCUUGUCGCUGGACGGAGAAAGCAUUCUUGGUCAGCCCGUGACUAUCGCUAAGCCCAAGGUCAAACCGGCGGACGAUGUGAAAAAAAAGGCGCCCAAGAUGGACAAGAAAGCUAAAGAUGCCAGAUGCUUGUUUUUGAAGAAUCUCCCUUAUGACGCAACAAGAAGAGACAUCCGGGAAAUUUUUACCAAGGCGAUUAGAAUUAGGUUUCCCGAUGGAGCUCAGAGACCAGAUAAAGGGAUUGCCUUUUUGGAGUUCAAAAAUGAAAAUGUAGCCAGCAAAAUCAGGGAGAGCAAACAGGGAGUCAAGCUCCAAGACCGGCUUCUCAUCAUCGACGCUGUGGGAGUGUCCCGAAAGGUCAAAGACCCAGUUCCUCCCAGCAGCACCCUCUUUGUGAGCAACCUGCCAUUCAAAGUCAAGGAAAAGAACGUGAAAAAAGUCUUUAAAAAAGCUCUAGCUAUCACCAUUCCAAAAAAAGACGGACAAACAAAAGGAUUUGCUUUUGUGGAUUUCGCCACCAUGGAAGACGCUCAGCAGGCCCUCCGGGCCGCCGCCGAUGUACAAAUCCUAAAGAGGCCGAUAAGAGUGGAGUUCGCUGCCGUCAAAGGGAGCGUGAAGAUUAGCGAUGUGCAGUCAAAAACACUGAUCGUACGCGGACUCGGCGACGAGACCACCGCAGACAUUCUUCGAGGCGCUUUCGAGGGUUGUCUCGCAGCGAGAAUCGCCACAGAUAAAAAGACAGGAAAGUCGAAAGGGUUCGGUUUCGUGGAGUACGAGAGUGAAGAAUUGUGCGUCGCCGCCAAAGAGGUCAUGGAGGACGGCGUGAUCAACGGAAGCAAAGUCAGCCUGGGUUACGCAAGGUUAAAAGCCAAAAGAGGUGCCGGCACCGGAGGGCGAACUGACGGGACGCGACGUGAUGUUGAAGAAGUAACAGCCCUGCCUGGCCUCUAAGGGGAAUUUCUCACUUCAAGUGUAAUCCCAUCCCAAUCGGAAUUCAUUCAUGUAGUUAUCAGCAAAUUUUUUUGUUAGGAUGAUGGGCAUCCACCUUAUAAGUGGACUAAUUACCCAAGGUUUUUUUUUGUCCCAUGUGACCACAAAUACAUUUUAAAAAUCAAACCGUUUUCUAAAUAGUUGCGUAUACAAAUACAGUGUUUGAAAAGUGUUUGCCUCCACUUCAAUUUCCUUUCUUUGUGUAUUCCGUGUUACCCACGGGUAUAAGAAAUUUUCUAGGUGCGUCGUACCGAUUGAGCACUAAAAUGACUUUGGCGAGUACAGUGGAACAUCCCGCCUAAAUGGUGUUAUGGUGUUACACUUAUAUAGCGCUUUUCCACCUUUCAAGGCGCUCAAAGCGCUUUACACUAUCUCACCAUCCACCUACUGGUGACGCAGCACCAGGAGCAACGUGGGGUUCAGUAUCUUGCUCAAGGACACUUAGGCGUGUUCAUCAGGGCGGAGAAUUGAACCCACAACCUCUGGGUUUGGGGGGACAACUACUCUACCACUGAGCCACGCCUACUGCCUAAUAAGUAUGUAUGCAAUAUAGGUUUCCGAUCGCUGGUCGCGCUACUCAAGAUGAUCUUCCUUCUGAUGAGUUUAUUCAAUCCAUUUGAAGUGGGAGGAAGCGCCGAACGUCGCCGCCAUCCUCCUACUUCAAAUGGAUUGGACAUCUACUGCCGUCAACGGUACCGAAAGAGUUCAUCAAAAAUGGGUUGAAUCCAAUACGUAGCCGGGGUAUUGGAUUUGGGAGGAAAAAAGUACUGCGGUAUAUGGGCAGGGUCGUGCAGAGACCGGUGGAGGGGCACAUAGAUCAAAAUGGGCACAUGAACAAGUAUUUAGAACACCUUACAAUAACAUCCAUUUAAACCAGCUUUACAGUAUAAAUUGGCUGUGAAUGUGACAGACUUCAAUUGGGAGGGGGGAAUAGUGAAUAGAAAUCAACACUGUCAUCAACACUUUCUGGCUAUGAUUCAGUCAGUCUUUGCUACUUUUCUUUCUUCAACCGCUACAUCAAAACUUCCUUCUUCAACUUGUUCAACUGAGAACAAACCACAUAAGAUGGUCACUGAGCCACCAUGAGCACAGUUUUUUCAAAACUAUUCUUUCAUUAUUAUCCAUAUUUGACAACUUAAGCACCUAAUAAUAGUGAAAAAAGAUCUUAUUGAAAAAUGACAUUGUAGUUGUGUUUAUAAUUGUUGUAGUUAAUACCCGACAAGCCGCGCAAACUCUGUUAUGCUUACCAAUUGUGCUAUUCACCCAGCUGAUAGGGGGAUCCACUGCCUUUCGCAGCCUCAUCCAACAACUUUUUUUAUCCCUCAAACUCUUUUCCUUAUGAGGGAAGUAUAGAGCUUAAAUUUAAAAAAUCAGACUCCCUGGUGGUUUUAUUUUUGAAGCCUUCUUAAUUUCUUUCUCGCUCAUUAACUAUGAAGGUAGAUUUGUGUCUUUAUUAUUCAAUCAAAAUAUAUAUUUUCAAUCAAAAUAAAAUGUGAAGGCAAAAAAUACAUUUGAGACAAAGAAUUUUCAAACUUAAUAUUUUUUGGGGGGAUUGAAACAACUUUUGUGAUUGAAGUCAUGUUUUGCAUUUGGGCCACAUUUUGGCUAGGAUACUUGAGUCUUUCUUAUUUAAUCAAAAAAAUGAGUUGCUUCAAACAAACAAACAAAAAAAUUUCAAAAGAAAAAUCACUUCAAUCAAAAAAAAAAAAAAAAAAAAUCAUCGAAAAAAUGUUUGCACAUGCCCCCCGCCUCGCACGGACCGACGGCUGGCUAUUGGUGUACCACCGGAGUCGGGACACGAGGCCGAAGCGAUCGGCGGCUGUCCUCCGCGCCGGGGCGGGGGUGUGACAUCGGGGUCCCAACGGAGGGCCGGCGGGGUGGUGGGCGAGUGGCCCGACAUUUGCCGGGCCAGCAAGCGAGUGGUCGUGCGGUGGCUUAGCGGCAUGCAGGCAGUUUUAUUUCUUUUUUUAAUGGUGUCGUCGGUGUUCAAGUAAAGUACUCAGUGCCGUGCAAGCAACAAACAUUAGACUUUCAUAUAUUUUAUAUUCAUGACACACAACUGAAGUCGUUCAAGCCUUUUAUUGUUUUAAUAUGAAUGAUUUUGGCAGAAAAGUCAAUAAAAACCAAAAAUCCCUAUUUCAAAAAAUGAACAUAUAUCAUCCGACCAAUACAAAAAGUGUUUUUAAAUGCAAAAGUCAACCUACAAUGAAAUAUAUCAGCUAUGCACUCAAUAUUUGGUCGGGAAUCCUUUUGCAGAAAUGACUGCUUCAAUGCAGUGUGGCAUGGAGGCAAUCGGCCCGUGGCACUGCUCAGGUGUUAUGGAUGCUUCGAUAGCGGCCUAAAGCUCAUCCACAGUGUUGAGUCUGGUGUCUCUCAACUUCCUCUCACAAUAUUCCACAAAUUCUCUAUGGGGUUCAGGUCAGGAGAGUUGGCAGACCAAUUGAGCACAGUAAUGCCAUGGUCAGUAAACCAUUUACCACUGUGAGCAGGUGCCAGGUCGUGCUGAAAACUGAAAUCUUCAUCUCCAUAAAGCUGUUCAGCAGAUGGAAGCAUGAAGUGCUCCGAAAUCUCCUGAUAGCUAGCUGCAUUGACCCUGUCCUUGAUAAAACACAGUAGACCAACACCAGCAGCUGACAUGGCACCCCAGACCAUCACUGACUGCGGGUACUUGACACUGGACAUUUCCUUCACCCCAGUCUUCCUCCAAUCUCUGGCACCUUGAUUUCCGAAUGACGUGCAAAAUUUGCUUUCAUCUGAAAAAAGUACUUUGGAUCACUGAGCAACAGUCCAGUUCUGCUUCUCUGUAGCCCUGCAGGUCAGGCGCUCCUGCCGCUGUUUCAGGUUCAAAAGUGGCUUGACCUGGGGAAUGCGGCACCCGGAGCCCAUUUCCAGCACACGCCUGUGCACGGUGGCUCUGGAUGUUUCUACUCCAGACUCGGUCCGCUGUUUCUGCAGGUCCCCCAAGGUCUGGAAUCGGCCCUUCUCCGAAGUCUUUCUCAGGGUGCGGUCACCUCUUCUGCUUGUGCAGCGUUUCCUGCCACAGACUUCCCACUGAGGUGCCUUGGUACAGCACUCUGGGAACAGCUUAUUCCCUCAGAAAUUUCUUUCUGUGUCUUAGCCUCUUGCUUGAGAGUGUCAAUGAUGGCCUUCUGGACAACAGUCAGGUCGGCAGUCUUGCCCACCAUUGCAGUUUUGAGUCAUGAACCGGGCUGGGAGUUUUUAUAAGCCUCUGGAAUCUUUCGAAGGGGUUUUGAGUUAAUUCGUUGAUUCAGAUGAUUAGGCGAGUAGCUUCUUUAGAGUACCUUUUCAUGAUAUGCUUUUUUUUUGAGAUAGGGAUUUUUGUUUUUUGCCGAAAUCAUCAAUAUUAAAACAAUAAAAAGGCUUGAACUACUUCAGUUGUGUGUAAUGAAUCUAAAAUAUAUGAAAGUCUAAUGUUUAUCAGUAUAUUACAGAAAAUAAUUAACUUUAUCACAAAAUGCUAAUUUUUUUAGAAGGACCAGUAUAUUUUCAAUUAAAAAAAAGUCACUUCAAUCUCAAAAAAAAAAAAAAAAAGUGUUUGAAUGCAAAAAUAAAAUUGAAACUCAAAAAAAAAAAAAGCAUUUGAAAGCUAUUUGUCUUUCAAUUUUUGUGGGGACUGAAGUGAUUUUUUUUUUUUUUUUGGUUGAAGCAACUUUUUUGCUUGAAGUAAUGUUGUUUUGCGUUUGGGCCACAUUUUGGCUAGCACAUUUGUGUCUUUAUUAUUCAAUCAAAAAAGUUGCUUCAAACAAAAAAAAUAUAUAUUUUCAAAAGAAAAAUCACUUCAAUCAAAAAAAAAAUCAUUUCAAUCAUAGUAAAAUAGUUUUUGAAUGCGAAAAAUUAUUUGAGACUCAAAUUUUUUGCAAUCGAACACUUAAUUUUUCAUUAAAAAAGGUUUUUGAUUUUACAAAUCCUUUUUUUGUUUGUGCCAUAUUAUGGGUAGGACAUUUGUGUCCAAAUCAUUCAAUCUCCAAAAAGGUUGCUUCAAUCAAAAUAUUUUCAAACAAAGAAAAAAAUCGUUGGAAAAAUAAAAUUGCCCACCCCUAAUUUUUUGUUGUUGAAAAUAAUAUGCAAAGCAAAUGACUGUCUAAGGUGCUUGUCACAUGGUCUGUUAGGUAAAAAAACUGACCCAUUGUAUAAAUAUCUUUUUUUGUUCAUUUCAUUCAUUUAUUAAAAAUUUGUUUUAUUGCUGCUUUACAACUUUUAUAUAUAUAAAUAUAGGAAAGUCAGUUACAUGCAAUGACACUUUUCGGCCACCAGGGGGGCUGGCCCCCCUUGCCCCCUCCCCCAAUGUAUCACAUUUGAUACACUUACAAUUUCAUGAUUUUGAGACAAAUUCAGAAUUUUGAAAUAUCUUUCCUCCCCCCAAAAAUAAUGGAUGCAAGUCAACUCCUGCAUCUGCAGGUUCCAUGAGAAAAAAAAAAAACAGGAUUUAGCAAGGGUUAUAGAUAUUAGAGCGCCCUUUUUUUUUCUUUUUUACAAAUUGUAUCUGUUAUUUAUCUAGCGAUCUUUUCAAAUGGCAAAAAACAUUAAAUAAGCUUUUUAUUUCAUGUUUGAUGACUGACUAUUGCCCUCCAAUUUUUCUGCUGUUCUUGUUCUUCCCAUGCUGCACAACCAACCCAUGACAGGCAACUGAUGUAUAAAAUGUUAGGUGUAAAAAAUGAACCAUGACACCAAUUUCACCAAUUGUUCAAUAAAAAAUGUUUUUCUUUAUCAAAGGGUAAUAAGUUGUUAUUGUUGUACAUUACACCAUGUUACAGAAAAUAAUAGAAUUUUGUUCCUGUCUUGAAAUCAUUUUAUUUGUGUUGCUUGGGUCCAAACUAAAUGAAAAAUGCCUCUAAAAAGGUACAGGUUUGGUUUUGCUAAAACUAGAGGCUAUAUUCAAAAUUUGAGUUAAGCGGGAAAUAUUUGUUAAACAUAUUUUCUUUGUGUUUCAGGUCAAAC